AUGGAGCCUAUGAGGAGCAAUUACAAAUCAAAGAAAAAAUGUGAAUACAGGAGAAGAAAGCGUAAUAAAGAAAGGAUGAAUUCUGCCAAGCAAGAUGAAAAUGAUUUCAUCACAGAGCCAGCAAUGCCUAGUCCUCAGCAGCCAGUGAAUGAAGAUCAUGAUGAAAUAACAAGCCAAUGCUCUUCCUCUGCCAGUGAUCUACAAGCUGAACUAGAUGCUGCUGGGCUUUGGCGCCCUGAAGAUGACCAAGAAAUGGCACACAGUCUGCCAUCAUCAGGAAGGUGCAAAGACAAAACUUGCAAAAAAACAAAAGAAAAAUAUGACAACGAAAUAGGAAGGCUUGGGGAGCUUCUCAGACUAGAGAAGCAUCAAAACAAAAAGCUUAAGAAUAUAAACAAUUCCCAAGAAAUAAAAAUAAACUAUGGAAUGGGAUUGCGAUCUAGAGAACUUCUAGAAACCGUCGACAAGGCAGUCAAUUUUAGAGGCUAUAAUUUACUUUCAAUGGCAACAUUAGAUAGUCGGAUACAGUCUAACAUUGCCUUGUUGCAACAAGGAGUAAGUUUAAUAGGUGAAGACGAGCUAAGAAUUGGCAUGUUGAUCGGUAAAGGGCCAAAUGCCAAUGUAUACGAAGGAGAGUUCAAGAGCAUGACCUGUGCCAUCAAAGCUUUCAAAGGGGCACCAUUUUCAGCAGCUUUGAAGGAAUAUCAUAUUUUGAUGCUUUUAAGCAGCCAUCCCUCUGUUCCUCAUGCUUUUGGUGUUGUUAACGGGCUAACCCCAAAGCUUGUCAUGUCAUCAUACAAGGGGACACAUGUUCGAUUGUCCAAUUACAUUUUUGAUUCGAGAGAGGAAUUGGGCCAAUUUGCAGUUUCAUUCAUGCAAGCAGUUGCUUAUUUGCAGGAAAGAAAAAUUUUACACAACAAUAUCAAUCCCAGCAAUGUUUUGAUUGAGAGAUAUUCAGGCAAGAUAUCACUUUGCGGCUUCAGCAAUGCAAGCUAUGGGGAUGAUGGUUACAAAGUUAAUGGUGUGCGAAUGCUUAACCGGUUUGGAGAUUUGUGCUGCUUGCCAAAUGAAGUAAAGUCUGGGGAAACUCAACUUUCAACAAGCAGUGACUUAUUCUGUAUGGGAUACACUAUGAUGUGGCACAUCAGGGUAGCUGAUGCUGCCAUUUCCAAUGUCUCACAAUGCGUGCGAAGAUUCUCACAAGAAUGCGUUUGCAAUUCAGAGAAUCAGAGGCCUAGCUUGAAGCGACUUAAAAGCGUCAUUGACGAACUCACAGUGAUUUUGGCGAUGUGA